AUGUGUGGCCAUCCUUGCACAGAGCAAUGUCACGCACCAUACGCAUGUCCCGAGAAGACCCCAUGCUCCUCCAAGAUCGCAGUGACAUGUGGCUGUGGACGACUACGACAAGAAAGACGUUGCAACGCGGCCAAGGCCGUGACCGCUAAGGGCCAGGUGCAAUCACCCCAGCGCCCCCCAGAGUUAACCCCGUUGACCUGUGACGACGAAUGCACGCGUCUGGAGCGUAACCGCUCUCUGGCGGGCGCUCUCGGCAUCGAUAUCAACCAGACAACCACAUUACAAACCAUCACAGCGGACAAUCUUCCCUACUCGGAAGAAACUUUAAACCAAUACGUUCAGCUCGCGUGCUCGGUACCUCUAUCAACCCUCCAAACCUACGAAUCCAAUCUCCACUCCCUGGCAGCAGCGGAUAAAACUACCCGCUCAUUCCGCUUCCAGCCGGCGAAAUCCACUCUCCGCGCAUACGCGCACUCCCUCGCCGCAGACUGGGGCUUCGUGACAGAAAGCCACGACCCAGAACCCCACCGCCACGUUUUUGUCUUGAAACCGGUUUCCUGGUCGCCUCCCCUUUUUGGCAUGGGCAGCGGUUCAACCAUCGGCAUCGGCGGUAUGAGUGUUCGCGAGUGCGUUAAGCUCCGCGAGCGCGAGCGCAGCAAAGAACAUGAAGCGCGUCGUGUUGCCGCGCUCGAGGCUAAGGCCACCCGUGAAGCCGCCAAGGCACAGGCUAAUUCCGGUGGAGACGGUGGAUGGGCUCAGGUUGCUUCUAAGAGUAAUGGUGGUAGCGGAGCUAGUUCGAGGACUAGAACUCCUGUCCAAAACUCGUGGGUCAGCAAGUCUAUCUAUGCUGCUCUUGAUGGUGAUGGGGCGAAGAAGGAGCGGGAGCGCUUGGUUCUGAGAUCUGGUGUUGGAGUGGGCAAGUCUUUGCGUGCAAAGACUCCUGCGCCUGAGGUUGUUGAUGAUUGGGAAGAGGCUGAGGAGAAGGAAGAGAAGGAAGAGAAGGAGGCAGCGGGGGAAGAGGCUCAGGCCCAGGAAAUAGCUGUCCGUGAGGACCCUGAUGGAAAGUCUGAACUUGCUCCCGAGACCGAAGCUCCUAUGGAAGAUCGCCCCACCCAGGCUGAAGGAUCUGUUACAGACGAAGUGCCGGUCUAA